AUGUCCCGAACCCAGAGUGGGCGGUGGGACGGCUCCCAGUCCCCAGCAGCAGCAGCAGCAUCCCGCUGCCCGUGUCCCCCCUCUUUUCCUGGGGUGGGGGGGGUUCUCUUCCCUGCAGGCUCCUGCAGAGUGCCCGUGAGCUGGAACGGACCUUUCAAGCCCUGCGGCAGUGGGUACCCACUGAUCAUCUUCUCCCACGGCCUGGGAGCCUUUCGGACCCUGUACUCCUCGAUCUGCUCGGAAUUGGCGUCCUGGGGCUUCGCGGUGGCGGCACUGGAGCACAGGGGAGUGGACCAUUCUGCCUCCGCCACGUAUUUCUGCACGGCGGAGGCUGGGAGAGAGGAGUGGAUCCCCUACCAACGGGUGCCCAAAGGGCGGAAGGAUUUUUAUUUCCGAAACAAGCAGGUUCAUCAGAGAGCAGAGGAAUGCGUGCGAGCUCUCCAGCUCUUCGAGAACAUCAACAGUGGUAAAUCUGUCCCAAACAUCCUUCAUCAGGACUUUGAUCUCUCCGUGCUGAAGGGCAGCAUUGAUCUGACCAAAGUCGCCGUCAUGGGCCAUUCUUUCGGCGGGGUGACAGCAGUGCUGGCCUUGGUGAAAGAGCCAGGCUUCAGGUGCGCGGUGGCUCUCGACGCCUGGAUGUUCCCCCUGGAGAACGCGCUGUACCCGGAGGUGCCCAAGCCCGUGCUCUUCAUCAACACCGAGAAGUUCCAGACGCCAGCAAGCAUUGCCAAAAUGAAGAGGCUGAGCUCCAGAAACAGCCAGACAAAGAUUAUAACCAUCCUGGGAUCCGUCCACCAGAGCCAGACCGACUUCACCUUUCUCACCGGGAAGCUCCUCAGCCGCAUCUUCGGUGCAAGGGGGACCCUCGACCCUUACAAGUGUCUGGAUAUCACCAGCCGGGCAGCUCUGGCCUUCCUGCAAAGGCAUCUCAACCUGGAAAAGGAGUUCGAUCAAUGGGACGAUCUCCUCGAAGGCAUCGGAGACUCGGUUGUUCCAGAAGCACCGUUCUGCCGCUCCAAUCUGUAG